AUGCCGAUAUUGCAUGCACAUGGCAUGCUGACGUAUUGUGCCUCCUUUGUGGAUCAUGCUUGGUGGGCAGCAAUCACUGUCAGAGAAAAGGGAACAAGAUGCAGAUUGCCCCCAACCAACAGAAUCACCCACAUCUCUGCACUCCAGCCUUCCUUUGGUUCCAGUCAUUGCGUCACUUUUCAGAGUCCAUGGGUCACCCCCAUUCUGACAAAGGAGAUGCUGGCCUUGCGCCACCUACUGGUACCCUCCUGGUGUGUCAGGGAAUGCGGCACUCUCGUUCAUGCCCUGAAAGAUGAUGUUGAGUCACUGAUUGCAAAAGGAAAAAACAAUCCAGUUGUGGGUAUAACUCUCUUUUGCUGUACUUGA